UCCAUCCUUUGCUAGCUUUCUACCAUGAAGAAGCCGUCGUUGUCGUCGUCGUCGUCGUCGGGCAUGCUGGUUAGAAAGCUCUGCUUCAUAGUGGUCACUGUAGCCGCCUUGAUCCGUUGCUGCGCUGCCGAUCCCCCGGAACAAGAGGCUCUCCGCGAGUUUUUGCUUGCUGCCAAAGGCUCCGAACUGCUCAAGUCAUGGAGCACGUCAAGCUCGAGCCCCUGUUCUUGGCUAGGUGUCUCGUGCUCCUCCAACGGACAUGUGGUGGAGUUGUCGCUGGGAGGCCUCCCGUUGUAUGGCAGAAUUCCAACAGUGUUUGGUUUCCUGUCCGAGCUGAAAGUGUUGAAUCUCUCGUCCACCAACCUCACCGGGAGCAUCCCCGAAGAACUUGGGAGCUGUAGCAAGCUCCAGCUGCUCGAUCUCAGCGUCAACAGCCUCACCGGAAGAGUCCCGAGCAGCAUCGGUCGCUUGAAAGAGUUGCGCUCGCUCAAUCUCCAAGACAAUCAGUUGCAAGGCUCCAUCCCGAAGGAAAUUGGCAACUGUACUUCCUUGGAGGAGCUCCAGCUUUUCGACAACCAGCUCAACGGUAGUAUCCCUCCGGAGAUCGGCCAGCUCGGGAAGUUGCAAGCGUUUCGAGCAGGCGGCAACAUGGCAUUGUCGGGACCGCUUCCCCCGGAGCUCUCCAAUUGCAGGAACUUGACUGUCCUUGGGCUGGCGGUGACGGCACUGUCCGGAAGCAUACCAGGCUCGUACGGGGAGCUCAAGAACCUCGAAAGUUUGAUCCUUUACGGCGCUGGCAUCUCGGGUCGAAUUCCUCCGGAACUCGGUGGCUGCACCAAGCUCCAGUCCAUCUAUCUCUACGAGAACAGGCUGACGGGUCCAAUACCACCGGAACUGGGACGUCUCAAGCAGCUCAGGAGCCUCCUCGUGUGGCAAAACGCGAUAACAGGUAGCGUCCCUCGCGAGCUCAGCCAGUGCCCGCUGCUCGAAGUCAUCGACUUCUCGAGCAACGACCUCUCCGGUGACAUCCCACCCGAGAUAGGAAUGCUGAGGAACCUCCAGCAGUUUUACUUGAGCCAGAACAACAUCACCGGCAUCAUCCCCCCGGAGCUCGGCAACUGUUCCAGCUUGACGUUUCUGGAGCUUGACACCAACAUGCUCACAGGCCCCAUACCCCCGGAGCUCGGCCAGCUUUCCAACCUCAAGCUCCUCCACCUGUGGCAGAACAAGCUGACCGGCAACAUCCCCGCAUCACUCGGACGUUGUAGCCUGCUCGAGAUGCUCGACCUGUCCAUGAACCAGCUCACCGGAACUAUUCCUGCCGAGAUCUUCAACUUGUCAAAGCUCCAGAGGAUGCUCCUCCUUUUCAACAAUCUUUCAGGUACGCUCCCUAACAACGCCGGGAACUGCAUCAGCUUGCUGCGGCUGCGCUUGAACAACAACAUGCUGUCGGGAAGCCUGCCUAUCAGUCUGGGCCAGCUCCGAAAUCUCAACUUCCUCGAUUUGCACGACAACAUGUUUUCGGGACCACUUCCCACGGGAAUCUCAAACCUCAGCUCGCUGCAAAUGCUCGACGUGCAUGAUAACCAGCUGUCUGGACCGUUCCCUGCCGAGUUUGGCUCGCUUUCGAAUCUGGAAAUCCUGGAUGCCUCGUUCAACAACCUGAGUGGUCCUAUUCCUGCGGAGAUUGGCAAAAUGAACCUCUUAAGUCAGCUCAAUCUAAGCAUGAACCAGCUUUCAGGGAACAUACCUCCGGAGAUGGGACGUUGCAAAGAGCUCUUGCUCCUCGACCUCAGCAGUAACCAGUUGUCCGGGAACCUUCCACCAGACCUGGGAAUGAUAACCAGCCUGACCAUCACCCUCGACCUCCACAAGAACAGAUUCAUAGGGCUCAUUCCAUCAGCUUUCGCACGUCUCUCUCAGCUGGAGCGUCUGGACAUCUCUUCGAACGAGCUGACAGGAAACCUCGACGUCCUCGGCAAGCUCAACAGCCUCAACUUCGUCAACGUCUCGUUCAACCACUUCUCGGGAUCCUUGCCGAGUACUCAAGUCUUCCAGACAAUGGGCCUCAACUCCUACAUGGGAAACCCCGGCCUCUGCUCGUUCUCGUCGUCGGGUAAUUCCUGCACGCUGACUUAUGCCAUGGGAUCCUCCAAGAAGUCGUCCAUCAAGCCAAUCAUCGGUCUGCUGUUCGGAGGAGCUGCUUUCAUCCUCUUCAUGGGGCUUAUCCUCCUGUACAAGAAGUGCCACCCUUACGACGAUCAGAACUUCCGAGACCACCAGCACGACAUCCCCUGGCCAUGGAAGAUCACCUUCUUCCAGCGUCUCAACUUCACUAUGGACGACGUGCUCAAGAACCUGGUUGACACGAACAUAAUCGGCCAGGGACGGUCCGGAGUCGUGUACAAAGCAGCGAUGCCAAGCGGUGAAGUGGUCGCCGUGAAAAAACUCCGCAGGUACGACAGAAGCGAGCACAACCAGAGCGAGUUCACGGCGGAGAUCAACACCCUGGGAAAAAUCCGCCACCGGAACAUCGUCAGGCUCUUGGGCUACUGCACCAACAAGACGAUCGAGCUGCUCAUGUAUGACUACAUGCCGAACGGUAGCCUCGCGGACUUCCUGCAAGAAAAGAAGACGGCAAACAACUGGGAGAUCAGAUACAAGAUCGCUCUAGGAGCAGCGCAAGGACUUUCAUACCUCCACCACGACUGCGUGCCAGCGAUCCUCCACCGGGAUAUCAAGCCGAACAACAUCUUGCUGGAUUCCAGAUACGAGCCUUACGUCGCCGACUUUGGUCUCGCAAAACUCAUCGGCUCUUCCACCUCUGCGGCCGAUCCCAUGUCCAAAGUUGCCGGAUCAUAUGGCUACAUUGCUCCAGAGUAUAGUUACACGCUCAAGAUCUCUGAGAAGAGCGACGUUUACAGCUAUGGAGUGGUGCUGCUGGAGCUACUGACCGGCAGAGAAGCUGUCGUUCAGGACAUCCACAUCGUGAAAUGGGUCCAGGGAGCUCUCCGUGGCAGCAAUCCCAGCGUGGAAGUCCUGGACCCGAGGCUGCGAGGAAUGCCGGACCUCUUCAUCGACGAGAUGCUCCAGAUCCUCGGCGUGGCGCUGAUGUGCGUGAGCCAGCUCCCGGCCGAUCGACCGUCGAUGAAGGACGUGGUGGCAUUCCUCCAAGAGGUGAAGCACAUCCCGGAGGAGGCAUCGAGCAUCAAGGUCCCAGCCGCCGCCCCUGCCGCCGCCGCCGGCGACCAGCUCUCGGAUCAAAUGCCCCUAUUUUGCAAGAAUCACACCGCCAGCACCUACGAAUUCGUGUUCGAUGACAACAGCAGCUCGCAAUCCGGGGGAUGCUGAUGGCCGAUCGCGAAGGAGCGCUGCGCCGCGCGAGAUGAUGAUCCAUCGUGAAGCCAAGAAAAUUUUGCUCGAAUGGAAGAACCCUAAAGUGUACGGUCGCUUUGUAAAAUUAAAUUCUUUUACGCCCUU